GUCAAGAGGAAUGAAGGGUAGAUCUAGUGAGCACAAAACAGCGUCAAAACAGAAAUAUAACUUGCUCCAAUUAAAUCCGUUAUGAAUGGGAAAGGCAAUCGCAAUUCUCGCGGUGUUGCAUGUGAGGUUGCCGAGCAACCACAGAUCAUCAACAAAGCCCGCGAGGACGCGCUCAUGACGGCGUCUGUUGACUACAGACUGUAAACAAAUGUGCAGAAAUUCUGUUCUGCUUCUAAACCAGCAACUAUGUCAUAUAAAGGAUUCCCGAGCCAUAGCAAAGUGUCAAAAGAGGACCAAGAGUUUUACGACUUGAAGAACAAAGCCGCCGAAUAUUACAGGUCCAACGGGGUCCCGCAAAAGAUAGAAAGCGUCCUGAACGAGAUGUUUUGGCAGAAGCCGGAUGAUAUCUAUGGUUAUCUGGCGAACUAUUUUUCCGGGCUCUCAUAUACUCCAGUUAUUAGUAAAAUCACAGGAAAGGAGGUGUUUGACGGAAGAGGUUUGACAGCAGUUCAGGCUGAAGUUCACUGCAUCAUCAGAAACGAGGAAAAGAUGGUGUGCGGUGCAGUGAUGGAUGGCUCUUUUGAUGGUCUGCCUGAUGGUGUGGAAUCAGGGGAGAUGCUUUCUAAUGGCGACCUGCAACAUCUGUCUAUCACAAUGGCUCUGAAGUGGAUCAGAGAGAAUUUCAGUCCAGUGCUGCGAGGCUUCAACCCCACUGACCAAACCAAUGUAGACAAAAUACUCAGUGAUUUUGCCAUGGCACGUUACCUGGAGCACAAGGACAGUCUUAUCAGAGAGAAAGAGGAGGAGCUAAGAAAUGAAGCGAUGUCUGAAGCUCCGCCCCAGGCCACUCCUACAUCAGCUCCUGCCAAAGAUAAGAAAGGCAAUGAUAAAGGCAAAAAAGGAAACAUCACAGAGAAUCCCCUUCCUCCUGCAGAGCCUCCAGUGCCGAGGCUGCCAGGGGCCACAGCAGUGGGUGCAGUUUCAUUGGCAGUGGCCAAAACUGCCGCUGAACUUUUAGGAACACCUCUAUAUAGACAUAUCACAGCAGUAAGAGACCCACAGGCUCAGAAAGAGAUGCAGUUGCCAGUGCCUAUCAUAACAAUAAUGAGCUGUGGAAAGAACUCUGCGGGGAAACUAAACCUUCUGGAGGAGAUCAUCCUCAUGCCCAGCUCAUCACUAAGAGUCAGAGAAGUCAUUGGAAUGGGCCUUGAUCUGCAGUGUGAAAUGAGGAGAAUUUUGAAUGGAUCGACAUAUAAAGCUUUGCCUGUAGGGGUAUCAGACGAGGGAGCUUUACAGGUGGGCUUUGACCGUCCUGAACAGGCUCUUGAUUUGCUCGCAGAAGCGUGUGCAAACCUUGCGCUUCCUCUAGGUUCAGACCUGCACUUGGCUGUAAACUGUGCAGCACACAGCCUUAUGGAUUAUUCUCGUGGGAAGUAUGAGGUGAUGUCAGGCUGUCACAAAUCCCCAGAUGAGCUGGUGGAUAUUUAUGAGGGGCUGAUUAAUAAAUAUCCGGCUAUCAGAUCCCUCAUUGAUCCUUUCAGGAAAGAGGAUGUAGGCCAGUGGGAAAGACUGGCCUCAGUGAUUGGUCAGUCCUGCUGUCUGCUAGCAGAUGCUGCAUCCAAUCUCUGUUCUCGCUGGAGAGAAGCGAAGCCCCUCCCACCUGGAGCUACCAAGGCCAUUAUUAGACACCACAGUGAUAUGACCAUCUCUGACCUCAUACAGAGCAUAGCGGAGCACAAAGAUGCAGAGACGAUUCUGGCAGCAGGCAGUGGUGAUGCAUCAGUGGUGGACCUGGCAGUAGGGUCAGGCGUGUCCUUUCUCAAACUGGGCGGCCUGAGAGGAGCAGAGCGAAUGGACAAAUACAAUCGUCUGAUGGCCAUAGAAGAAGAGCAGGAGGGGAUCGCGGGUGCCGGAGAAAUAAACCAGCCUGUGUCAUUUAAGUCUGAAAGCGGCUGGAACUCGCUGACCGUCUCUGCUAAAUGACUUCAUCUCCUGUCUGUGGAACAUUAUCACAGUAGGGGUUUCCUGACCUGAUUGCAUGACAUUAAAAACUCACAUCAAAAAUAUCUUUUGGUAAACAUGCAAACUGACUCACCUCAUAUAUUGUGUUAGAAUAUGUGCAGAAAUAUGCUGUAAUGCUGUUUCUUUUUUUAAAUAAGAACAUUAUUAUUUAAACAUGCAUUUAAAUUAAUAAAUACAGCCUACUCAGAAUUUGCGAAAUAUAUAUUUAUAUUUGUCACAGUGAUUAUUUCAUAACAGACUCUGUAUUAAUUGUGUGAUUGAGAUCUAAUUUUUCUCACAAAAUGAAGUUAAUUAAAAUGGAGAGAGAGACAGUC